GCGCGGGCUCCGCGGCCGCGGCGGGUGCCAGGGACGCCGGCGGGCGCGCGGAGGGGCAGCGGGGCCCGAGGGCAGAGGGCGAGGGCGGCCUCGCGAGGGGUUUCCUGACGCGCCCGGCGCAGGCCAAGGCCAAGGCCAAGGCCAAUGCCAGGAGCUCAGCGGCCGACACCAGCAGGGAGGCGGUGGCGGCGGCGGCGAUGAGGCUGCUGGGCGCGGGCUCGGCCGAGACAGGGCAGGGCGCCACGAGGAGCAAGAAAAAGGUCGCGCCGGGGCACUACUGGGUGACGCCUCCAUCGUACUACGAGUUCUCGUGCGGGCGCGAGCUCGCAGUUGAGCAGUGGCACGGUGUUGAGCAGGUCGGGGAAAUCCAGAAGCCCGCAAAGUCUGGGGCCUGCCGAUUCUACCGCCUCACCAGCCUCGUGGGUCGGCAGGAGGUUGACCGUAUCCUGGACCACUGCAAGCAGAGCGACAGGUACAAGGUGGAUGCAGACUCCGUUGACAAGACGCCCACCUUCGAGUUCUAUCCUUUCCACGACGGACAGUGGGCAGACGCUGGCAUGAAGUCGAUUCUGGAGGAGUUCGUCGACAAGAGGGUGCUGCCAUACGUCCGCGAGCGAUACGACUGUCGAUUCUGUGCUCUGUCCGACAUCCUCGUGCGACGAUAUCCACACUGCUGGCGCAGGCGUCUGCCCCCGGCGGACCUCUCGCCCCUGUCGGAGAUGGACGACGACGAUCUGGACGCAGACGGCAACGGCAACGACAAUGACGCCGCGCCCCUUCCCCUCCUUGUCGCGGGGCUGGCGGGCGUCCCUGGGGAGCGGCGGACCCACGCCGUGCACUUUGACGGCCACGCCUUCGUUACGGCGGUCUUGGGGCUGUCCGACCCUGGGGACUACGAGGGCGGCAUCUACCUGCAGCCGGAGGCCGACGUCGCGUCGCGCACCUUCUUCCGCAUCGAGCCAGGGGAUCUGUUCGUGCACUCUUUCGAUCUCCAGCACGGUGUGCACGUGUGGAAGGGCGUCCGCUACAGCAUGAUUUUCUGGAUCAAGGAUUCCCUGCAGUCCGUCCGGGAGCGGACCACCCCCUGGUACCAGAGGCUCGCCGACGAGGGCGACCCAGACGGACUCUACCACCUGGCGCAGAGCUACGAGUUCGGUACCUUCGGGAAGCGGCUGGACCUGGACAAGGCCAUCGAGCUGUACGAGCGCAGCGCUGCCCUGGGGCACCACUUCGCCAUGAACAACCUGGGCCUCGUUUACAGGCGCGUGCACGAGAGGGCGGGGGUCGCGGACGACCUGGAGAAGUCCUGCAAGUGGCUGAAGGCGGCCGCCGAGACGGGCUUCGCCAUGGCGCAGAAGAACCUGGGGCUGGCGCUCGCGAACGGCAGCCAGGGCCUCCAGCAGGACGACGCUCAGGCGGUGCUGUGGUUGAGGAGGGCGGCGGAGCAGCUGGAGGUCAGCGUGGACGGCCACUUUCCCCACGACGGCCCCGACAGCCCGACGACCCCAGACACCCCGAGGAAGCCGCCGACCACCCCCCUCCGACAACUCCGACGGCAACCCGCUCCAUCUCUUCGCCUGCGGUGCCGGCUGCUCGGUGGAGGCCGCCUAUAUGAUGGGUGA